UUCCCUUGACCGCACGAACGGGAGGCCAGCACCAGCGGAACUAAGAGAGACUCAAAAGGCAUGUGGUCGAAACAGGCAGGCAAGGCCAUCCGGUCUCUGGGUCAGACGAUCGACCGCGUCGGCGUCUCGCUGGAGGGCAAGCUCGCCUACACGGAGCACUUGAAUCCCUCCACACGCGCCGUGAAGAACCUGGGUCGCUCACCCAAGUUCGAGGAGGGUGUGUUUGUGGCUCCCAACGCGGCUGUCAUCGGUGAUGUUAAGGUGGGCAAGGGCAGCUCUAUUUGGUACAAUGCCACUGUGCGUGGCGACGUGAACCACAUUACCAUCGGCGAGAACACAAACAUUCAGGACCAGGCCGUGGUGCACGUGGCUAAGAUCCACAAGGACAUCCCCACCAAAAUUGGUAACAACGUGACUGUUGGCCCCGCCGCCAUUGUGCACGCUUGCACCAUCCAGGACCACUGCAUCAUCGGCACGGGCGCACAGGUACUGGACGGUGCUGUGGUUGGAGCCAAGUCCAUCAUUACGGCUGGAUCCAUCGUAACGAAAGGCAAGCAGGUGCCCUCGGGUCAACUCUGGUCGGGUGUUCCCGCUCGCUACCUGCGCGACCUCACGGCCGAGGAGACGCAAUUCAUGCAGCAGUGCUCGUCCGAGUACGCGCAACUGGCGGAGCAGUACGCUGACGAGUGCGCUAAGACCUUCGAGGAGUACGAGGCUGACACGGAGCGCUACAAGAUCCUGCGGGACGUGGGCGAGACUGGUCUGCCACAAAAAGGCGAUGAGCGCGAAGACACUGGUCUCUACUUCCGUUACUAGACGGCAAGCAUAUCGGCAG